UUCCCAACCUGCUCUACCAGCUUAAAAUCGAAUAAUUAUUAACGAGAACUCUCAAAGCUGAUUUUCCCCUUUCCUCAAGCAAGCCAAGCACAGAAACUCAAAAUCCUCCUCUCUCUUUCUCUCGAUCCCUCCAAACCCACCAAUCAUGCUCACAGUUAGUGUAAAAUGGCAAAAAGAGGUCUUUCAAAAGGUGGAGAUAGACACAAGCCAGCCUCCUUUUCUUUUCAAGUGCCAAUUGUAUGAUCUGACAGGAGUACCCCCUGAGAGGCAAAAGAUUAUGCUUAAGGGAGGUUUAUUGAAGGAUGAUGCUGAUUGGGCAACAGUAGGAGUGAAGGAGGGUCAAAAAUUGAUGAUGAUGGGAACUGCAGAUGAGAUUGUGAAGGCCCCAGAGAAGGGCCCUGUUUUCAUGGAAGAUCUUCCAGAAGAAGAACAAGUGGUCUCUGUGGGUCAUACUGCUGGCCUAUUUAAUCUGGGAAACACCUGCUACAUGAACUCAACAAUACAAUGUUUACAUUCUGUUCCAGAGUUGAAGUCCGCUUUAGUUAACUAUCCAUCUGAAAAGAGAAAUGAUUUGGAUCAGACAUCUCAUAUGUUGACAGCUGCAACUCGAGAACUGUUUAAUGAGCUUGAUAGAAGUGUUAAGUCUGUGGCACCUAUGCAGUUUUGGAUGGUGCUACGCAAAAAGUAUCCACAAUUUGGCCAAUUGCAUAAUGGUACCUUCAUGCAGCAGGAUGCUGAAGAGUGUUGGACACAACUUUUAUACACUCUUUCCCAGUCUCUUAGAUCACCAAGUGAAAAUCUGGACACAACAAAGGAACUUUUUGGAAUUGAACUUGUAAGCAGGAUCCAUUGCCAAGAAAGUGGUGAAGAAAGCUCAGAAACAGAAUCAGUUUAUUCACUUAAAUGCCACAUAUCACAGGAGGUGAACCAUUUGCAUGAAGGACUAAAGCAUGGUCUGAAAUCCGAGUUGGAGAAGGCCUCCCCAUCCUUAGGGCGUAGUGCAGUUUACUUGAAAGAGUCUCGCAUAAAUGCCUUGCCAAGGUACUUGACUGUUCAGUUCGUUCGUUUUUUCUGGAAGAGAGAGUCAAAUCAGAAGGCCAAGAUUUUGCGGAAAGUAGAUUAUCCAUUGGAGCUAGAUAUCUAUGAUUUCUGUUCAGAUGAUCUCCGCAAAAAAUUGGAAGCACCUCGCCAGAUUUUAAGAGAUGAGGAGGGUAAGAAGCUUGGCCUGAAAGCAAAUGAGAAGAACUCUGGUUCAAAGGACAAUGAUGUCAAGAUGACUGAUGCAGAGGGAUCAUCCAAUAGAAGAGGUGAAUCUUCAAAUGCUACGUCUGAAGAAAGUAAAUGCCGUGGUUCAUCUGACAAAGAAUCACAAUUAACUGGCAUAUAUGAUUUGGUUGCUGUGCUGACCCACAAGGGGAGGAGUGCUGAUUCUGGACAUUAUGUUGCCUGGGUGAAGCAAGAAAAUGGGAAAUGGAUCGAGUAUGAUGAUGAUAAUCCCAUCCCACAACGGGAGGAAGAUAUAACUAAAUUAUCUGGAGGAGGUGACUGGCAUAUGGCGUAUAUUUGCAUGUACAAGGCACGUGCUAUCCGAAUGUAAUCUGAUUUUACUAUCAUCAUUGUUUUAUUUAGAUUCAAGUCACACACAGACGUUUUCUGUAGAUUCAGAUCAUGCAAUGGGCAAUAAAUUUGCAUUGUUGUACUAUAGAAAUUGUCAUGUGUUCGAGUUUUCAAUGGAUUGAUUUCAUUAUCUGACAA